AUGGCCCUGUAUAAACUAAUUACUCCUAAGGCGUUUGUUGAGCUUCUGCACAAGGAGACCGCUCGAAGAGUCAUUCCAGUUGAUUCCACUUGGUAUUUGCCAAAUUUAAAGAGAGACGGUAAACAAGAGUUUUUGGAUAGAGAAAGGAUCGCCAAUGCAGUAUAUUUCGAUAUCGAUGAGGUAAACGAUAGUCAAUCUCCCUACCCGCACAUGGCACCCGAUUUGGCUACAUUCAAUCGGUCAAUGAGCCAAUUGGGUAUCAGAAAAGACGACAUUUUAGUCGUCUACGACACGAUUGGUAAUUUCAGUGCUCCAAGAUGUGCUUGGACCCUUACAACGUUUGGACACAAACCAGUUUAUCUAUUAAACAAUUAUGUCCUUUACAAACAACAGGGCUAUCCAGUUGAUACAUCCAAAAAGACGUCUUAUACACCUUACGAGGCAACGAGUUACGUAUCCGAUGUUGAUCUACGUCCUGAAGAAGUAGUUACUUAUGAGGAAAUGUUGAAUCUUGUAAAAAAGGGUGAACUAUCAAAGAAUUACAAUGUCUACGACGCUAGAGCACUACCAAGAUUUGAGGGGAAAGCUCCGGAACCUAGACCAAAUUUACCUUCAGGCCACAUUCCAGGUACUCAACCUCUUCCUUUUCCUGACGUCCUAGACUCGAACUCAAAAGCUUUCCCACAGGAUUCCAGCGAAAUGAAGCUAAAGCUCGAUGAAGCCUUUAAAAACCUAAAAGACACAUUUGACCCAACGAAACCGACAAUUGCAUUGUGUGGAACUGGCGUCUCUGGAUGUAUUAUCAAGAAAGCCCUCGAACAUUCGGGAAUCAGAAACGUGAGGCUUUACGAUGGUUCCUGGACCGAGUGGGCCAUGAGAUCUGAUCCAGCACUAUUGGCGAAGAAUAGAGAUUAG